AUGAAGUUCAUCCCAAGUCUUUGCCUUGUCAUCCUUGCGUCUCUCUGCCUUCACCAAAUCUCAUUUGUGAGUGCUGAUUUGAUCUCCCAAACAUGUGGCCAAACCCGGUUCAAGGACUUGUGCGAGAAGACGCUCCGAGGGGACCCCGGGAGCAAAAGUGCUGACAUCCAUGGCCUGGCUAAGAUUGCCCUCAAGGCCACCUCAACAAACGCCGAAGUCGUUCAAAGCCAAAUUUCCAAGCUCCAAAAAUCAACAACCGAUAAGUACACCCUACAAGCCUUGAAAGACUGCGCCGAGAAUUACGAAGGUGCUAGCGAGCAACUUUCUGAUUCGCUCACCGUGAUUGAGUCUAAGCAUUAUGCUGAUGUUAACACGUGGGUGACGGCUGCAAUGAGCGACUCGGAUUCUUGUGAAGAUGGGUUCAAGCCAGGCACCUCAAAAUUGACCGCAUUGAACAACAAUUUCUUUCAACUAUGCAGCAAUGUCUUGGCCAUAGUCAACCAAGCCGCCUCGGUUAACAAAGCCUAA